CAAACAAGCUCAAGAGAUGGUUACCAAGCUUCAGAACAUGUUAAAGCUGAAGUGUAAUCUUGAAGAUGAGAACCAAGAACUCAAAGACAAAGUCACAAAUGUUAUAGAUGAGCUUGCCAUUACUCGAGAGGAACACAAGCUAGCCAUGACCAUGUCUGAGAAGAAGAUGGAAGAUCUCCAAGCAAGUCACAAACAGGAAAUAGAUGAACUUCUAGAGACUACCACAGCACAGAGAGAGAAGGAGGUUGGGCUAUUACAAGAGAGUUUACAGUCCAAGAUGAAUGAGAUUGGUAAACUUCAUAAGCAGCUAACUGAGCUGGAGAGAGAGAAACAGACUGAAGUGGCUAGAGUUAGGCUGGAGUAUGAUGCCAAACUAUUGAAGCUGCAGAAAGAAAUCACGAGAGCUCAGCAACAGAGCUCAAAGACUGCAAACAGAGGCAGUGAUAUAUUCAGACAGAAACUAUCGAAUGUGAAAGCCGAAGCUGACCAGCAGAUCUCGUCUCUCAAGAGAACCAUUUCUGACCUACAGAGGCGGCUUGAUGCACAAACAGGAGGCACCUAUGGACCAAAGAGAAAGUUCUGAGGUGGAUAACUGCAUCCUACGACAACAAUAAACUUUUAAAAUCUGCUCAUGAUCAUAUUUUGACUGAUUUCGAUUGUACCUUGAAGGAUUUCUAAGCUUCUUAACUCCAUAUAUUUGCUGUGGAUUGCACCCCAGACUGCCACAUUGUUUGGAGUCUAUGGUUCGCAUAUGUAUACUGUAUGUGUGAAAAAAAGCUAACUGUGGCAAUCUACUAUUUCUUCCAUAUGUUAACAUUAGCCAAUUUAAGGAAUUCAUUAAACAUUAUACAAACCUGGUAAAAGGUAAACCACUUGAAAAUACUGCAGCAACAUAAAUGCAAUUUAAAUAAACAGUGUGUGUUCCACAUGUUUGUAUCUUGUAUGCAUACAGGAUAUUGUUCCAUGAAGUUUUAUUCCUUGCUCCCCAUAAUAUUUUCCCUUCCCUUUCAUCGAUAGGUGAAAUUUGAUGCAUUUGAAUUAUGCAGGUAGUUUACUGUGUCUUGUCUGAACCGGAUUUGUGAUUUGAUCUGAUAUAUUUCUGAACUCCCCAUAAAGUGUAUUGUGAAAUAUUGUAGGCAUCCAUAUGCAAUAACGAUCAAUUAAGUUAGCAUAUGUUCUUUACUAACUCUUAGUAGAUCAAGUACAUGCAUUCUAAAGUUGAGUUUAAGCCGUUUUCAUUUUGUUACAUGUACACGUAUGUAAAUGGU